GGCAGCGCGAGCGCCGCGAGAGCUCGGGAACGCGGGGCAGAGGGCCGGAGAGGAAGAGCGAGGAAGGAGCGAAGGCAGAGCGGGAGAGGCGGCUGCCCGAUGCCGGCCGCCCCGGGGCUGGAGGCGGCGCGCGAGCUGGAGUGCGCGGCGCUGGGCGCGCUGCUGCGAGAGCAGGGGGAGGCCGAGCGCACGCUGCUGCUCGACUGCCGCCCCUUCCUGGCCUUCUGCCGGCGCCACGUGCGCGCCGCGCGGCCCGUGCCCUGGAACGCGCUGCUGCGGCGCCGCGCGCGCGGCCCGCCCGCCGCCGCCCUCGCCUGCCUGCUGCCCGACCGCGCGCUGCGGGCGCGCCUGGCCCGCGGGGAGCUGGCGCGGGCCGUGGUGCUGGACGAGGGCAGCGCCUCGGUGGCCGAGCUCCGGCCCGACGGCCCGGCUCACCUGCUGCUCGCCGCGCUGCUGCACGAGACUCGCGCCGGGCCCACCGCCGUGUGCUUCCUGCGAGGAGGCUUCGACGGCUUCCAAGCCUGCUGUCCUGAUCUGUGCUCUGAGACCUCGGCCCCCGCGCUGCCGCCUGCAGGGGCCGAAAACAGCCGCUCGGACCCCAGGGCCCCCCUCUAUGACCAGGGUGGCCCUGUGGAGAUCUUGCCCUACCUGUUCCUGGGCAGCUGCAGCCACUCAUCUGACCUGCAGGGGCUGCAGGCCUGUGGCAUCACAGCUGUCCUCAACGUCUCUGCCAGCUGCCCCAACCACUUUGAGGGCCUUUUCUGCUACAAGAGCAUUCCUGUGGAGGACAACCAGAUGGUGGAGAUCAGUGCCUGGUUCCAGGAGGCCAUAGGCUUCAUUGACUCAGUAAAGAACAGUGGGGGCCGGGUGCUGGUGCACUGCCAGGCGGGCAUCUCGCGCUCUGCCACAAUCUGCCUGGCCUACCUGAUACAGAGCCGCCGUGUGCCGCUGGAUGAGGCCUUCGACUUCGUUAAGCAACGCCGGGGCGUCAUCUCCCCCAACUUCAGUUUCAUGGGGCAGCUGCUGCAGUUUGAGACCCAGGUGCUGUGUCACUGAGGCAGGGCCUCCUUGCCUGCUGGCACCACUGUGCCAGCUCUCCCAUGACUGAUUGCUGGGGGAGCUGACUGUGGACAGCUGGGCUCCCCUCUGCCCAGCACACCCCCUCAUCUGGGGGUGUGUGCUAGGAAUGCAGGGACGCUGGCCUUUCUGACCUGGUGCUCUUCUGCCAGGAGUUUGAGGGCUGGCCCUCAUUCAAAGGGAGAGUGGAGGAUAUGUCUGCCCUCUCCUCCCCCAUCAUCUGGCAGAAAUCAACUGGACUCUAACAUCCAUGGACUCCGUGUGGUCCACCACCAUGUUGAAACCCUUGGUACCUAAGAGCACCAAGGGACAAGCUGUGACAACCAGGAGUCUUCUCUGGGGGGUGGUCCAUCCGGGGCCUGGAGCCCGAGCCCUGUGCCCCUGGGGGAGCUGGGAACUCGGGAAGUGAUGCGUGUGUCAUGUUAGGGACCUCUCGCUUGCGUGUGUGUGUAUGUGAGCAUCGCUCGCUGUGUUGGCGCUGGAAAGUUAUUUGUGUUCAAGUGACAUUUAACACUCCCUCCCCCACUUCCUCCCAGCCCUGUGGGCAGGGGUUGGAAACUUAGCACUUUAUAUUUAUACAGAACACU